AACCACCAAAAGUAAGGACCCUCAAAAUAAAGACCCAACACACCAUGCCUCCCGAACGAAAACCCGCGCAAAAGCGCAGACAACUCCCCUUCAAACCACCGAGCCGAACCUCCUCCACUGCCGCUGCCCCAGCAUCAUCAUCAUCAACCGCCGCAGCAGCCACCAGCAAACCCAAAGCCAAAGCCACAACAAAAUCAACGACAACAACCAAACGAGGACCCAAACCAAAAGAAGCACCAGCCAAAGCCUCGUCAUCCAAAUCCGCACGCCCCCGACCAUCAUCACCCAGCCCCGCCGACUCCCAAGAAGACAGCGACAACGACAACGACAACGCUUCUUCUUCGUCCCCCGCCCACUCAGACGCAUCAUCCCCAGAGCCAGAACCAGAACCGGACUACAUCCUCGCGGAGAUCGUUCACAAGGAUCAGCCAUCUGACGAUGUGCUCACGAACGACCCUGUUAUUCCGCCGAAGUUGUUGACAAGAUUACUGCAUCAUCAUUUCCAGAAUGAGAAGACGAAGAUCGCGAAGGAUGCGAAUACGGUUGUCGCGAAGUAUGUGGAUGUUUUUGUGAGGGAGGCGUUGGCGAGAGCGGCGUUUGAGAGGACUGAGGCUGUUGGGAAGGGGGCUUCGAUUGGGGAUGGGUUUUUGGAGGUUUGUUUCUUUUCCCCUCUUUGUGUUUGUGUUUAGUUGAUGUGCUGGAGGGUGAUGUGGGUGUUUGCUGACUAUGUGUGGGUUUAGGUUGAGGAUUUGGAGAAGAUGGCGCCGCAGCUUGUUAUGGAUUUUUAGAGGGGUUUUCUUCUGUUCUAUAUGGGUUGGGAUGGAGUUUAUGGGGUUGGGC